UCGGCAUUUUGCGGGGCGACAUCCCUGAUCGAGGGUGGAGUUGGGUAUAAAAGCUGCCGGUCGCAAUCGGAAAGGUAUCAUUCGCAGUAUUCAGCUUGUUCUAGAAGCAGUUCUAAGUAAAACCAUCUCCCUCAAAAAUGGCCUUCAAACUCGUUGUGUGUCUGGCGUUCCUCGGAGUUGCCGCCGCUGGUCUUGUCCCACUGCACGGCGAAUACAAGGGAGACUACUACUCCCACCCCCAGUACUCGUUCAACUACGGAGUCCAUGACGGUCUGACCGGUGAUGUGAAAUCCCAGGUCGAGAGCCGCGAUGGAGACGUUGUCAAGGGACAGUACUCGCUGGUCGAACCCGACGGUUCGGUGCGCACCGUUGACUACACCGCCGAUGACGUGAACGGAUUCAACGCCGUCGUCACCAAGUCCGGCCCCUCGGUCCACGCUGCCCCAGCCGUCGUCAAGACCGUUGCCCCAGCUGUCGUUGCCCAUGCUGCCCCCGCCGUCUAUGCCGCCCCAGCUGUCGUUAAGACCGUUGCUGCCCCAGCUGUGUACGCCUCGCACGCCGCUCCAGCUGUCUACUCGCACGCCGCCCCGGCCGUGUACGCCGCCCAUGCCCCAGCUGUCUACUCGCACGCUGCUCCCGCUGUGUACGCCGCCCCUGCCCUGAAGACCGUCGUUGCUGCCCCGGCCUACGCCCAUGCUGCCCCAGCUGUGUACGCUUCGCACGCCUAUGCCCCGUCCCAUGCCACCGUUGAGUACCACGGAAAGUACGCCGGUGCCCCAGCUUACUACCACGUGUACACAGGAAAAGUCGACAAAAAACCGGAGAAGGGACAGGGCAAGAGAGUGGUACUGGAUCUGAUGCAGCCAUUUACGGGUCUUUGGAGAGAGGUGACUACAGAUAAUUUCUUCAGCUCUCUCCAACUCUCCGACGACCUGUUCAAGGACAACACCCUUUUCACGGGAACGGUUCGAACGAACAAACCAGAUUUGCCGGAUAGCUUCGCCAAGUCGGCCAGCCGGGCACCCAACUCGGUACUGGUCGGCUAUAACGGCGUAAGCACCCUGACUUCUUUUAUCGACGGACACAAAAAAAAGCCGGCCAUUGUACUGACAUCAGCCCUUACCAAAACCACAAUCUGCGGCAAAAAACCACCAAUCGUGCUUCACUACAACGGGACGAAGGGCGCUGUUGAUGCAGGCGAUUUCAUCACUCGCAAGACGAACUGUGUCCGAAAGACCAGGGUAUGGACGAAGAAACUGGUGAUGGAACUCCUGAGCGUCGCCUGCUUGAAUGCGAGUUGCCUGUACCGGUUGAAGUACCCGGAGCGGUGCAAGGGCAAAAAUUUGGUGAGCAGCGAGCCAUCAUGUACUACCCUUCGCCACCGUCGAAUGUUUGUCUUCCGAUCUAGAGGUGAGAGUCUACGCGGGAAAAUCUGUGGUCGACCGCUCGCGAACAUGUUCGGCAUUCUGCGAACCGCGGCGACAUCCCUGAUCGAGGGUGGAGUUUGGUAUAAAAGCUGCCGGUCGCAACCGGAAAGGUAUCAUUCGCAGUUUACAGCUCGUUCUAGAAGCAGUUCUAACCUGAACUCAUCUCCCUCAAAAAUGGCCUUCAAACUCGUUGUGUGUCUGGCGUUCCUCGGAGUUGCCGCCGCUGGUCUUGUCCCGCUGCACGGAGAAUACAAGGGAGACUACUACUCCCACCCCCAGUACUCGUUCAACUACGGAGUCCAUGACGGUCUGACCGGUGAUGUGAAAUCCCAGGUCGAGAGCCGCGAUGGAGACGUUGUCAAGGGACAGUACUCGCUGGUCGAACCCGACGGUUCGGUGCGCACCGUUGACUACACCGCCGAUGACGUGAACGGAUUCAACGCCGUCGUCACCAAGUCCGGCCCCUCGGUCCACGCUGCCCCAGCCGUCGUCAAGACCGUUGCCCCAGCUGUCGUUGCCCAUGCUGCCCCCGCCGUCUAUGCCGCCCCAGCUGUCGUUAAGACCGUUGCUGCCCCAGCUGUGUACGCCUCGCACGCCGCUCCAGCUGUCUACUCGCACGCCGCCCCGGCCGUGUACGCCGCCCAUGCCCCAGCUGUCUACUCGCACGCUGCUCCCGCUGUGUACGCCGCCCCUGCCCUGAAGACCGUCGUUGCUGCCCCGGCCUACGCCCAUGCUGCCCCAGCUGUGUACGCUUCGCACGCCUAUGCCCCGUCCCAUGCCACCGUUGAGUACCACGGAAAGUACGCCGGUGCCCCAGCUUACUACCACUAAACGGAUCUCGCCACCCCCAACGGAACGCCAAUGUCUCGGAAGCUGCUGCAGCGUGCCAUCUAUCGGUGACGGAGCGAAAUGCGCACUGCCAACCGUUAUUUAUUUCAAACGACCCCUCUCCCCUAGUCUAUCACUCCACUCUAACGUAUUCCUCCAACAGUCACACGAUAGAUCGCAGACUCGGCAGUAGCAGUUUCCGGUGAUUCUGGAUCGGGAGUACCGACAAAACGACGACGCAUCUUCCAUCGAACAAUGAAUUUGUAAAUAGCGACUGCCACAGAAGAACAAACGUGAUCAAAUUUUAGAUAUUUAGAAACGCAACUAUGCAAGAUUUCCCCCACCCCCAACUCUCUGUCUCAAGUGCAGAGAAGUGGACAACUGGAACCUACAAACCCUUUUGUAGAGUGUGCUAGCAAAGUGCGACUGCUAAACGUGCAAAUACUCAUAUGUACACAGUUGACAACAAAAAAAAAACGAGAAGAAGACCAUUUUUGUACAGAGAUAAAACGUGCCGAUGAUGGUAUUAAUUUUAAUACAAAGAAAGUUUAAAAAUCGA